UUUAUAUCUUUAAUGCCCCAUCUUUACCAGGUUGGAGGUAAGGCUAUGUGGGUGACGAUGGCUUCUACUGUGCCAGGCCUGAAUAGGUCCUGGCAAAGCCUUAAAGAACAUUAUAGGAAGUACACAGUAAAUCACCUCCAAGAUUUUCAACUGACCGAUAAAGAAUUAGCAAUGUUUAGAACCUCAGGAGCCAGUGAAAGAAGAAAUGGGAAGCACUUCACAAGAAUGAUAAGAUCAAACACUAAGAGAGAUGAAGAGACUUCUUCAAAUGAUUUUAAGGAAGAUAACUCAAGUGAACCUGACUCUAAGAAGCGAAAAUCAGCAAAUAAAAGGAAGAGGCAAAAACACACUGACGAAGAAUUUGAAAGUCAUAAUGAGGAAAAAAUUAAUAGGAAAAGUAAAGAGGGAGAGAAACGGUCUAGGGACAAUCACCGUAAGCCAUCUAGAACUGAUCAUAUCCAAUCACCACAAGUAAACCGAAGAAGAUAUGUGGCAAAGAGAAAGUUGUUUAAGUUUGGUGAAGUGGCAAAACUUACUCCACAAGCUCCCUUCUUUGGGAAUGGAGUUGGUAGUGCCAUCAUACAACGUAAAUUCUUGGGUAGAAGAAUCUAUUCAAGUUCUGAAGUGGAACAACAGAAAUGCACUUGACAUGAGACUAGUGCAAGGAGCCCUCAUAGACCACAACAACAGAGCCCUCAUAGACCACAACAACAGAGCCCUCAUAGACCACAACAACAGAGCCCUCAUAGACCACAACAACAGAGCCCUCAUAGACCACAACAACAGAGCCCUCAUAGACCACAACAACAGAGCCCUCUUAGUCCACAAGAACAGAGUCUUCAUAGUCCACAUGAACAAUCAUUACUUAGAGCAAAGAUAUCCCUAGAAGAGGAAAAUUUACAUAGUAACUCUGGAGAAAAUAUUGAUGUAACUGUUAUUGAAAGGUCACACAUGAGUGAUGGGGAAGGAAGUGGUGUGGAUUUUUCUAGAAAUCAGCCAGUAGCCAACAAGAGCCUCUCAGAUUUAGAAGAUGAUAUUUCUAGUGCAAAAACUAAUGACAGAUCCAUGUCUCCAGUCGCUGUAACUCCCAGGCGAGAUGUGCAGGAUAGAAUACCCUAUUUGAAACCUGUCAAAUAUUUAGACAUUAGGAAUUUUCUAAAGGGAAGUGGAGACUCAUUGUGUAGUAAUUCACCCACUAGUGAUAAUGAAGGUGAAUCUCUAAGUUGUCAGAGAUAUAGAAGUCAGACUCUAAAAUGAACACACGGGAAGUGAAUAAACUAAGGAAAUGUGCUGGAUAUCCUGAAAUACAGCUUAAAGGAUGUUCAGUGUUAUUACAGAGGCUUCCCAGGAGUAAACUUAAAAGGAUAGUUGUACAUAAAAACAAGAUGAAAGCUCUGUAUUGAACAGUGAACAAUUACUUUAAGUUAAUGAAUAUCUGUAAUUCAUAGACUGUAGUGAUUAUAUUGGGAAAGAAUUAAACUUUCUUUUCAUAUUAGUUUUUAUUAUAGUUAUUAGCCUUUAGGUUUAUUGUCAUUUAGUUGUAUGCAAAGAUCUUAAUCAUAGUGCUUAAUACAGACCUUUCCUGUGUUGGACAAAUAAAUAUUACCAGUUUUAACCAACAACAACUCUCAUAACAAGUCUUUAAUGUUAGGACUGUCACCUCUAUUUACUCAGAAAUCUUUUUAAAGUAAAGUGUACAGUAAAGUGUGGAAACAUGAAAUGUUCAGAGCAUUGAAAAGUGUCUGAAAAACAGAGGUCAACUACCUAACAUAUUUUUUUUUUAUUCUUUUUGUGAAAUCUCAGAAAAGUGUUGUUGUAUACCAAGGUAAUGUUUUUUGGGUGCUUUUCUACACUGGUACAAUAGCAACGGUUGUGAUCACUCGAGUUAAUACUUUGAUAUUUACAGACAAUGAGCGAACAGUGAACAUCUGCCGUGAUAAGAGUGUUGUGGGCAGUGUUCUUUUCUGAGUGUCACCGGAAGGCCAUAAUUGUAAUAAGAUUAUGUAACUUAGUGUUAUUUUAAAUCGUCAUAUAUAUUGGUUGUAUUUGUUUUGGUUUCAAUUGGAAGUGUUUUAGUUCUCAGUUGACGUCAGUUUUGACAAGUGAGUUUAUUGGUAUAACACGAGUUAUUUUAUAGUUCCGAGUGUAUUGUAUUUUUGUGUUGUUUCUAUUAGAGCAUGAUUUUAGUGCAAAGGGCAUUAGUUCUACCAGUGUAGACUGACAGGCAUUGUCAGUAAGUGUGUUUUAUGUUUAUUUGAGAUCUAAUACAUGUAUAAUUUCAGCAAUUGCAUUGAUGGUUCUAGGACUCUGUGGUGAUAUGGACAUAUAUAAAAGAACGCAAUCUUUGAAAAUUGAUUGUUGAAAAUACAUGUCAGGACCCCCAAUUGUGAGUACAACAGAGUACAUUGUGAAGUGAUAACAGUGUUAAAAUCAUUGCAAUUGAAAAGACAGUGAAUACUUGUUGAGUACCGAGGGGACAGUCUCGUAAAGUAUUACAGUAGUAUCAAUUAUUUUUGGAAGCAAGACUCUCAGUAAUGGAAAUGUCUAUGGUUCUUUUUUAAAGUUGUUUGAUUUUCUAGAGUACAGUGUAAUUCGGGAAGAGUUCAUACAGUGUUGCACCAUACAGAGAUUGUCAAUGACAGUACCAUUGCCUUGAGUUUGCACUGUAAGUGUUUCUUGAAAAGUGACAAAAGAGUACAGUGAUGUUUUCCUCGUGUAUUGUUCAGUGAAGCCCUAAAGUAAAAGUUCACCUGUCCAGUAUUAUCACUAGGGGAGUGAGUAAUAAGUUGAGUAGUAAUUUGUGCAGUAAUUUUGAGACAAUAUUUCAAGUGUUCUUGUGUAUUAGAAGGUCAGUUAAGCAGUACUCAGAAUGUAUUUGAAGGUGUGCACUGUUCCAGUAUUGUGUAGUUACAGUGAGUUGUUUUGACCUCCAGGCAUGAUGGCCGUCACAAGGGAGCAGUUCAGGGCAGUCAGCUCAGAACCUGUGUCCAGUAAGUUGAUGUGUACAGUUGAGAAGUAUGUGGGUGGAGACGUGUUCAUUCACAGGAAUGACACCCAGGUCUCACCACCAGUUGCUUCAUCAGGUGUAUGGCCUGAUGGACAGGGAGGUGGAGAAGGGAUGCCUCUUUUGCUAGUUAUGUGAGGCUGGCAUCAGUGUUGCCGAGAUAUCUUUAGAGGGUUGUAGACCUUUUACCGGAAUGCAUUGGUUGUUGAUGUGCAUGGUGAAGAGUGAUGUUUUGCAUAUUUGUGUUGCAAUUUAGAAGUACAACUGGUAAGUGAGAGAAUGUGUUGUUGCCUUUCAUCAGUAAGUUGUGGAAAGUGAGUAUGUUGUUGCCCAUGUGAGUGUGGCAUGUGGUGCCAUGGGAAUGUUUGUGAGUAUGUAGGUAUUUGUGAUUUUUUUUUUUUUU